GUUGUAAAUGUCACGUAGUGUUGACGUGAGCUCGGGUUUGAACGAUCUUACGUGUCAUUCUCAGAGUUUCAGUGAUUCAGAAAUAUCCCGGACACUUUCGGUGAAGAGUCCCUGCGGUUUCUGGUUGCACUAUUGAUGAGCUGUGAUUAACAGUUGCUAACUUCCUGGAGACAUGAAGGCUUUGAUCCUGGUGGGAGGGUACGGGACCCGGCUGAGACCACUCACCCUGAGUGUCCCCAAACCGUUGGUAGAGUUCUGCAACAAACCCAUCCUGCUGCACCAGGUGGAGGCGCUGGUCAAGGCUGGGGUGGACCAUGUGGUACUGGCAGUGAGCUACAUGUCAGAGCUGCUGGAGAGAGAGAUGAGAGUCCAGGAGCAGAGACUUGGGAUUCGUAUCUCUCUGUCUCAUGAGAAGGAGCCUCUGGGAACAGCGGGUCCUCUGGCGUUGGCACGAGAGCUGCUGAACGUGGACAACGAGCCGUUCUUCGUCCUGAACUCAGACGUCAUCUGUGAUUUUCCCUUCAAAGAUCUGCUGCAGUUCCACCGCAACCACGGCAAGGAGGGAACCAUCGUGGUGACUCGGGUGGAGGAGCCCUCUAAGUACGGUGUGGUGGUGUUUGAGACGGACAGCGGGAGGAUCCAUCGCUUCGUCGAGAAGCCGCAGGUCUUCGUCUCUAACAAGAUCAAUGCCGGCAUGUACAUCUUCAAUCCCAGCAUGCUCAGCAGGAUCCAGCUGAGACCAACGUCCAUAGAAAAGGAGAUAUUUCCUGUCAUGGCCGAGGAGGGACAGCUGUACGCCAUGGAGCUACAGGGUUUCUGGAUGGACAUUGGUCAGCCUAAAGACUUCCUGACAGGGAUGUGUAUGUACCUCCAGUCGCUACGACAACAUGCCCCCGACAGGCUACGCACGGGGCCCGGUUUCCUUGGCAACGUUCUGGUGGACCCAACGGCUCAGAUCGGGGAGAACUGCACCAUCGGUCCGAACGUGACCAUCGGCGCCGGCGUGGUUGUGGAGGACGGCGUGAGGAUAAAACGCUGCACGGUGCUGAAGGGGGCGCGGGUCCGAUCGCACUCCUGGCUGGAGAGCUGCAUUGUGGGGUGGAGCUCCUCUGUGGGACAGUGGGUUCGUAUGGAGAAUGUGACGGUGCUGGGGGAGGACGUGAUCGUGAACGACGAGCUUUACCUGAACGGCGCCAACGUCCUGCCUCACAAAUCUAUCAACGAGUCGGUCCCAGAACCUCGGAUCAUCAUGUAGCAUCAGGGCUGGAAGGAGAAAAAGAUCAGCGCCUUUUAUGUAUAUAUACGAACUUGACUGAAAACCCAAACUGUGCCAGAGAGAGGGAGAGAGGGGGAGGAACAGAUGGGCAGAGGGAAGGAGAAGAAGGGGGACAGAAA